UAUUACUCUAUUAUUUAGGUUUGCAGCGGCAACUGAGCUUUGAGACUCUUCACACUUUGAGACUUUGCGGUGUCCGUCGCGGUUGAAACGAGGCUGAGGUGGAAAGCAAUUCUCUCCGGCAGCCAUGGCGGCUUGGCAGAGGCAUCUGCAAUCAGCAAUCCGUCAAAUUGGCAAAAGGGUUGAAUGUAGCUACAACCCUUCAGCCAAUUUCUCUUCUUCUUCUUCCUUUUCUCGCUUGGAGGGUCUAUUGCCUUAUUUCCAAACUCUUUGCAAGCCAUCUUCUCCAACCAUUUCAAGACCCCUUCAUCAAUAUUUUCAGCACUUGGGAAUUUCGAGUUCGAGAAACUUGAGAGCUGAGGAAGCGCCUCUUCCAUCUCCAUUGACUCCUGUUUUGGCAUCAAAUACUGCGACAAACGAAGAGCACAAGCAGAAAUCGCUCACUAAACCUGAUAAAGUUCAAGCGAUCUUAAAGGGCAUCAAACAGAGUCCUAAAAAGGUCAACUUGGUUGCUGCACUGGUACGCGGUAUGCGUGUUGAAGAUGCAUUGUUACAGUUGCAAGUGACAGUAAAGCGAGCUUCAAAAACUGUGUAUCAGGUCAUUCAUUCAGCCCGAGCAAAUGCAACUCAUAAUCAUGGGUUAGAUCCAGACCGUCUCCUUGUUGCUGAGGCUUUUGUUGGAAAGGGAUUCUUCAAAAAGAGACUGUCCUACCAUGCCAAAGGCAAAUGUGGAGUUAAAGUGAGACCAGAAUGCCGCCUUACGGUCGUAGUAAGGGAGAUUACCCCUGACGAGGAGGCGGAGAUAGCCAAACUGAAGGUUAAGAAUUUCAUUAAGAUGACUAAGCGCGAAAGAAAGCUUGUUCCUCACCAGCUUAUUGAGACAACUCCAAUUUGGGGCCGCAAAGGCAGAAGUCGCGAUCUUGAACAAAAUGGUGUGGCUUCAUGAGCAAAGCUUCCUUCCCGUGCUUCCACAUUCUAAAAGAAAGUUUUGAGACUCCUCCCCUGUCCUUGCAUUUGGAUCAAAUUGUCGUGUUGAACUGUGAAAGACGAAGUGCCACAGUAGGUGCAAACCUUGUUUCAGUUUCUCUUAGUAGCUGCUUGUAGUUUUAAAUGUUUUCGCCAUUACAGUUAACGCGUAAUACGUCGAAUAUCAUCGCAGUCAUUUCUUAGUUGGCUUUUGUUGAGAGAAUAAAGUUUUGAAAUUUUGAAGGAAA